AUGGUGUUAGCAUACACGUGUACAACACGAGCAGCUGACGGAAAAGUCAGCUCUCCUGUACUACAUGUUAGAUUGUCGUGCUCAAGUUUAUUCAUUGUGUUGUAUCGAUACAUUGCAGUUUUAUCUCCACAACCAGAAGUUCGUUUGAUUUCACCAUCACAUAAACUUCGAGUUGGAGAUCCAGCAGUACUAAUAUGCACACUUCGUGCUGAUCUACCUGGACCACAUCAGUUCUCUUGGUUUGGUCCAAAAAACGAGACUCUGAUUUCUUCCAUUCCUGACUACAUUGUCUAUCAUCGCACUUUGGUGAUUUCUAAUCUAACAUAUGAUGAUACAGGACGAUACACUUGCAGAGUUACGACUCCUGUGGGACAAUUUUCUGCUUUUGCAAUGAUAAGUGUGCUUCCAGCCAUUCCCUGUGAGUUUGACCCACCUAUCAUAGCACUCAAACCUAAAAAUGUGACUGUUUAUCUCAACACAACUGGACUUAUUGAAGCUGCUCACUGUACAAACUACUCAUCGUUGUUAAAGAUAAAUCUUUUGACAAAAACUGCAAACACUGCUGUUAAGCGUUACAGAACAGAUCAACGCUUUGCUGAACAGCUCAAUGCAAUACAAGUCUUGGAUACACUAAACAUUAUCAAUGCAUCUGUUUUGUUUGACAGCAAGGUGUUAGAAAGUUUGUCCAAACUGCAGCAAAUAGUCAACAAUUCAAACUUGCUAACAUUAGAUUUCAACAUCAGCACGACCUCAUUAGUCAAUACUGUAGAUCUUCCUUCGCAGUCAGCAAUCAAUCGUUCUGCAGCUCUUGCUAAUGCCAUCAAUAUAUUAAGUGUCAGUCAUCCACGUGAAGUCUUCAUGCCUGCACCUGCCCAAUGUCCACAGCAUGAAGAAGUGUUUAAUAAUACUGUCUUCUUGCCAUGUGAUACAGAAUCACGUCCACAAACAAUUACUUUUUAUCACAACGGUAUUCCUAUUGACAGAAGUGACACACGAUUCCAGUACUAUCGAUAUGGACUACAAAUACGAAAUAUUUCUCCAGUCCUAGCUGGAAAGUACACGUGUGUUGCAGUUAAUGGUUGUGCAAGCAGCUCUGUUCCCUCUUUUGUUAACGUGACCGUACUUCUUUCAUCUUCCCCUCUUGCUGUUAUCUCUGAUCGUCACUUUACUGAGACCAUGUUAUAUGGUCAAUAUCCAGCUCUUCAUUUAUUGAACAUUUCAUCUGAGAACUUCACGUUUUACAACUUCAGUUCACCAUAUUUGGAGGUGAGCACCUUGCUACCACUCAAACUAACAUUUAUCAAUGUCACCAUUGAUCACAUCCAGUUUGCCUAGCUGGUAAACAUUACUCUAGUGAAUAACACAAUUGGUCUAUUACAGUUUCUCAAUUCUAGUGCCAAACAACUCUCUGCUAUUUCUGCUAGUAUCAGCUCUGACUUGUUCAAGGAUGUAUUAUUUACAAAUACUCUGUAUCCAAAUGUUUCACUUACAAACACUCUGAUGUGAAUAAAACAUAAAAUAACAAUUUGAUCAACUAUACUUCUAUCAAUCACACAUCGACUA